AUGGUGCAGCUGAGCAAUAUUAAGAGACAAGAGACUAAGAGCGAUAUCCUGUCGGGCGAUAGAUCCAUGUUUGCAUUACGGAUUGAACGUGCAAGAGUUCCCCUAGGAGUCCGCGUCCUUUCUCGAAGGGAUUCGACGCUGAUUCGCAAACGGCACGGAGUAGACAAGCCUUACCGGAGCCUAGCUUUCCCAUCGCUGAUUCCAGCAUUCUGUAGAGGGUCCAACGGCUCAAACCUAUAUUGCCAGAGGGAAAAAAAGGAAAAAAGAAAAUGUCUCACAUUUAAUCUGCUGUUAACGUGUUCGUCCAAGUCGUCAAACUCGGAGAUAGCCGAAACUCUUCAUCGACCUAUUAGAAGCUUGUCAUUCCCAGAAGCUAGUACGAUGGGUAUCUUCCUCGCUAUCGCUGUGCCACUCGAAGAUCCCCAGAAAUCGAUUUCCUUGUCGUAUUUCUUCGAAGCCAGCUACAAUUUACCCUCGAACUUGUCGUACUUCGAACCUUGGUCGGCGAAGGCUUCGGAAGGAGAAAGAAAAAGAAGGAGCAGCAUCGACAGAACCACGAUCUACCGGGUACUCGAAAGUAAAUUCAAGAGCUCUGGAUAUCUUGGAAGGGAAUGCCUACUGAAGACUAUCUGCGAGAACUCGGAAUAUCCUUUGAGACAUAAUGGUGUCAUCGGUGAUAUCUUCCACGUCCUAUUCACUCCUACGACUUCGCGACAUGAGAAACUGCCGCGAGAUAUCGUCGAGGCCGAGCUGGUUGGACGUAAUGGAAGCUGCUCGAAGUAUCAACCGCAAUGCCCCGUGGGACUCUUCGACUUGAUUGGAGUCCUCGUAUGAAGCUCGGAAAACCGCAACGGUUUGUCACGCCGCUACUUCCGACGAACGAACGGGGCUGAUUUCGUCUGCAUAAUGAAAACCACCGAAAGAGCGAAAGCCGAGAGAAUUAAAUAGAACGAGCAUAUCUCCAAAUGUUUUUUACUUUUUUUUUCUCCAU